UCACUCCCUGCUCAUCAGUACCAUUUUGUUUAUGAACAAAUGAACAUGACUGAAGCUCAGAGCUACUGCAGAGAAAACUACACAGACCUGGCCACUAUAGACAACAUGGAGGACGUGAACCUCUUGAACUCCAUGGUGGAUUUAAACAGAAUGAUCUACCCAACAUUCAGCUAUUUAGCCUGGAUAGGUCUGUACGACGAUGUGAACAGCUGGAGGUGGUCGCUGUCAGACAGAAGUUUCUACACACAGGAGGAGGCUGAGUUCAGGAACUGGUACAACUACGAACCAGACAAUGAAAAUAGUAGAGAACACUGUGCAUGGAUCACCAAUGAUGGACAGUGGAAUGAUGUUUUUUGUGAUUUCUACCGUACAGCAGUCUGCAUGGAUGUCAGAGGUGAGGAUUUUAACUGGUGAAAUUACACCAUACAACACAGCAGUUUAGUUUCUUUAUCUCUCCCACUUUCUGCUUCUCUUUGUCUCUGUGUUUUCCUUAUUUGGGCUCACAGUUCAAUCAAUCAAUCAGACUUUAUUUGUACAGCACCUUUUUCUAGGUUGGUCCAAUUCAAAGUACUUUACAGAUGAGCAACAAGCUGACAGUACAGAUGGAAACACUAACACUAUACUACACACUACUAAUGCUUAUGGUUAUGUUACUGCUGCUCAGCUCUUCACUAUGAUCUGUUUUCAGGGUCAAAUGUCACAU